CCACGGGGGCCUUGGGAAUUCCGCGCCUGCGGAUCUGCCGAGGGCUCAGCCGCAGGGGGGUGUGGCCAGGUGUCCCGCCACCCGUAAAGGAACGGAGGAAAGAAGCAGUAGGGGUUGCAGAAAUGCAAGGGGAGCCAAGCCCUAGUGCUUCCCUUAUUGACAGAACCAUCAAGAUGAGGAAAGAAACAGAAGCUAGGAAAGUGGUUUUAGCCUGGGGACUCCUAAAUGUAUCUAUGGCUGGGAUGAUAUAUACUGAGAUGACUGGAAAAUUGAUUAGUUCAUAUUAUAAUGUGACAUACUGGCCCCUCUGGUAUAUUGAGCUUGCCCUUGCAUCUCUCUUCAGCCUAAACGCCUUAUUUGAUUUUUGGAGGUAUUUCAAAUAUACUGUGGCACCAACAAGUCUGGUUGUUAGCCCUGGACAGCAAACACUUUUAGGGCUGAAAACAGCUGUUGUACAGACGACUCCUCCACAUGACCUGGCAGCCACCCAGAUCCCUCCCUCUCCACCUUCUUCAAUUCAGGGUCAGAGUGUGUUAAGUUACAGCCCAUCUCGUUCACCCAGUGCCAGUCCCAAGUUCACCACCAGCUGUAUAACUGGGUACAGCCCUCCGCUGCAAGGUCUGUCAUCAGGUGGCAGUGGUUCUUACAGCCCAGGAGUGACCUACUCACCCAUCAGUGGUUAUAAUAAGUUGGCAAGCUAUAGUUCGUCGCCUUCUUCUCCAUACCCUACCACGGUGGGACCAGUGGAGAGCAGUGGAUUGAGAUCUCGCUACCGCUCUUCGCCCACUGUCUACAACUCGCCUACGGACAAAGAAGACUACAUGACAGACCUGCGCACUUUGGAUACUUUUCUCAGAAGUGAGGAAGAGAAACAGCAUAGAGUAAAGCUGGGGAGCCCAGAUUCUGCCUCGCCUUCCACCAGUCCUACUUUCUGGAACUACAGUCGGUCAAUGGGGGAUUAUGCACAAACUCUAAAGAAGUUUCAGUACCAGCUUGCCUGUAGGUCUCAAGCCCCAUGUGCAAACAAAGACGAAGCCGAUCUCAGUUCUAAACAAGCUGCAGAGGAGGUUUGGGCAAGAGUGACUAUGAAUAGACAACUUCUUGAUCAUAUGGAUUCAUGGACAGCCAAGUUCAGAAACUGGAUCAAUGAGACAAUAUUAGUGCCACUCGUUCAAGAGACCGAGUCUGUCAGCACGCAGAUGAGACGCAUGGGUUGUCCGGAGCUGCAGAUAGGAGAGGCCAGCAUCACCAGCUUGAAACAAGCUGCUCUGGUCAAAGCGCCGCUCAUCCCCACCCUGAACACGAUCGUGCAGUAUCUGGACCUCACCCCAAACCAGGAAUACUUAUUCGAAAGGAUCAAAGAACUUUCUCAGGGUGGCUGUAUGAGCUCAUUUCGAUGGAACAGAGGUGGAGACUUCAAAGGACGCAAGUGGGACACGGAUCUACCCACUGAUUCCGCGAUCAUCAUGCAUGUGUUUUGUACCUACCUCGAUUCCAGAUUACCUCCUCAUCCUAAAUACCCUGACGGGAAAACUUUCACUUCCCAGCACUUCGUUCAGACACCAAACAAACCAGAUGUGACAAAUGAGAAUGUUUUUUGCAUUUAUCAGAGUGCCAUCAACCCUCCCCAUUAUGAGCUAAUCUACCAGCGUCACGUCUACAAUCUUCCAAAGGGCCGGAAUAAUAUGUUUCAUACAUUAUUGAUGUUCCUCUAUAUCAUAAAGACCAAAGAGUCAGGAAUGCUCGGAUUUUCCCUGUCGCUCCUCCCAUGGUUCCGAAUAACAGGAGAGUUAAUCUUGGUCUGUCCGGUGUGAAUAUUUUGUGGAUUUUUGGCGAAUAGUGGAUCGUUUAGUUCCGAACAUUUAGGCUUUUAUUUGGCUGGAUCGGCAGUUGAGUGGAAGCAUCUCCGAGUCACCGCCCCUUUUGUUUUACGGCGCAUUGUGUGUACGUGUUACAGACUCUCUAGCUUUAAGGAAGAAUUGCCUGUUUUAAACCUUCCUUGUGAAAGCGUGCCCUGUACCUCCCGCACCGGGGGACACCACCCACCAUCAGGUUCUCACCACACCUCAGGCUGUUCAGUUGCCUGCAAAACUGCAGCUUUUCAGAUCGUUGUUGACCCAGGACAGUGCAGUUGCUGCUCAAGUCAAUGAACAGGAGGCCUUUUUUGUUUUAACUUCCAAAUAAGAAUCAUCUACCUCAUUCUUCCCCGCAAAAACUGAUUUUUCGAUUAUAUUAUUUAGUAUAAAUAUUUGAAAAGAAACAAGCAAGUCACUAACAUUCUUUUUGUGUUUUAGUCUCUGUCUUCCCCCAGUGUUUGGCAAACCAGCGCAGGGCCCAUAGUUUUAAAAUGAGAUCAACUUCUAAGUAAUGUGUUAGUUCUUGUGUGUUUCUAAAAUAUAAUUGAAAGAAGUUUGACAGGAUUGUGUUUAAAAAGUCAGCUCUUGGGCUAAAUGUAGCCGACAGAAUUGACUAUUCGGGUCUUAGUGACGAAGCUGAGGACAUCAAGAAGACUACUGCUGCUUUGGUUUCAGUAACUCAAGUCGCACAGGCAACAUUUUCUCAGAGGUCUAUCUCUGUAGCCUCCAUCUUUAAACAUUGAAUUCCAUAAUAUUGUAUGUAUGAUUCUAAGAGCUCCCUUUAAGAUUGUAUGAUUUCUUAUGUUUAGAUUUUUCAGGUGUGUUCUAAUCUGGAGAGUGAGCAGUUACCGGGUUUGUAAGUGCUCGACUCCCCGUCGGUGUUUCCUGCGUGUGUGUGGCGUCCUCCGGGCCAGCCAGCAGUUGCUUGUGUUUUCUGGGGUGACAUACUCUCUGUGUCCGUCGCCUGGGAGGACCCAAAACGAGUGUGUUCUCAGUGACUGCACGUCAGCGCUAUAUGUGCAGCCCACUUUGUGCGAUUUUUUUUGUAAAUUCUCUUUUUCAAGAAGUUGUUUCUGUUUUUUAAAAGUGGAAUAUCCACAGGAAAGGACGUUUCUAUCUUUCAAUGGCUUUUGGUGCAUGUUACUAUGUUUGCUAUGAUGUUUUGGGAGAAAAUGUCGAUUAAACAUGUUAAAUGUAAGGACA